AUGUUCAGGACCAAACGAUCUGCGCUCGUCCGGCGUCUCUGGAGGAGCCGUGCGCCCGGCGGCGAGGACGAGGAGGAGGGCGCGGGGGGAGGUGGAGGAGGCGGCGAGCUGCGGGGAGAAGGGACGACGGACGGACGGGCACAUGGGGCCGGUGGCAGCGGCGCAGGCAGGGCUGGCUGCUGCCUGGGCAAGGCGGCCCGAGGUGCCAAAGGUCACCAUCCCCACCCCCCAGCCGCGGGCACCGGUGCGGCCGGGUGCGCCGAGGCGGAUCUGAAGGCACUCACACACUCGGUGCUCAAGAAACUGAAGGAACGGCAGCUGGAGCUGCUGCUCCAGGCCGUGGAGUCCCGCGGCGGUACGCGCACCGCGUGCCUCUUGCUGCCCGGCCGCCUGGACUGCAGGCUGGGCCUGGGGGCGCCCGCCGGCUCGCAGCCCGCCCAGCCGCCCUCGUCCUAUUCGCUCCCCCUCCUGCUGUGCAAAGUGUUCAGGUGGCCGGAUCUCAGGCAUUCCUCGGAAGUCAAGAGGCUGUGUUGCUGUGAAUCUUACGGGAAGAUCAACCCCGAGCUGGUGUGCUGCAACCCCCAUCACCUUAGCCGACUCUGCGAACUAGAGUCUCCUCCUCCUCCUUACUCCAGAUACCCGAUGGAUUUUCUCAAACCAACUGCAGACUGUCCAGAUGCUGUGCCUUCCUCCGCUGAAACAGGGGGAACGAAUUAUCUGGCCCCUGGGGGGCUUUCAGAUUCCCAACUUCUCCUGGAGCCUGGGGAUCGGUCACACUGGUGCGUGGUGGCAUACUGGGAGGAGAAGACGCGCGUGGGGCGGCUCUACUGCGUCCAGGAGCCCUCCCUGGACAUCUUCUACGAUCUACCUCAGGGGAACGGCUUUUGCCUCGGACAGCUCAAUUCGGACAACAAGAGCCAGCUGGUGCAGAAAGUGCGGAGCAAGAUCGGCUGCGGCAUCCAGCUCACGCGGGAGGUGGACGGCGUGUGGGUGUACAACCGCAGCAGCUACCCCAUCUUCAUCAAGUCGGCCACACUGGACAACCCGGACUCCAGGACGCUGCUGGUGCACAAAGUGUUCCCCGGCUUCUCCAUCAAGGCCUUCGACUACGAGAAGGCGUACAGCCUGCGGCGGCCCAACGACCACGAGUUCACGCAGCAGCCGUGGACCGGCUUCACCGUGCAGAUCAGCUUCGUGAAGGGCUGGGGCCAGUGCUACACCCGCCAGUUCAUCAGCAGCUGCCCGUGCUGGCUGGAGGUCAUCUUCAACAGCCGGUAGCCACUCGCGGGCGAGGACAGAGCGAGCCGGGCCGGCCCAGUCCAAACUACCUUGCUGCUAAUACUUUCCUCCUGAGUGCUUGCUUUUCAUGCAAAACUCUCUGGUCAUUGUUCUCCUCUCCCCCCCGCCCCCCCCUCUUGUCAUUCUUGUUUAUGUUCCGUUUUGUUUUGUUCUUUGAGAAAUAGCUUAUGAAGAGAAUCGUUGGGGUCUUUUUUUGGCGGGGGGUGGGCGGGGCGAAUCGUACUGUUGGCAGGACGCCCCCGUGUGAAAAGGGGAAGCAAAAACCAGUUCCCCCUGAACACAGUGUAUGAACGGGGAGCAGCCCCUAACUUUGGGGGUCAUCGUUUCACUUGUCGGAGUGGGUACGUGGACAGGUGUGUGUGUGUGUCUGUGUGCGCGCACGCCCGCGAGCUCUGUGCUGCUUAGUGACGUCUCCAGCUGAGAGGUUUGUGCUCCCCGCGGUGUCUCCCUCGCCCUCUGGGCAUGCUCAGUGGGGCAGGGACGGUACCCAGGCAGCCCGCGCCCCGUGUCCCAGCCGUUGCCAGAAGCAAGGCUCUGCCCCCCGCCAGGGAAGCCCCCGCCCCACCCUCCCCUUCGAAGGACCCAGGCCUGUCACUAGGCUUCUUAGGAACAACGCUGCCCGAGGCCGACCCGGAAUCGGUUGUUUUCAAGUUUGUCUUAGCGCCCC